CUGAAAAUUCCCUUCUAUAGCUUCACGAAAUCACGAGUAACCAUCAUAACUGUAUAAUUGUCCUCCUCCUUCUUCCUCCUACGGCAGCGAAAGCCCUCUCCUCAGUUCCUCCUCUCUCUCACAUUCAUACUUGAGCAGUCAAAUCCGCAAAUCCGUCGCAUCAAAUAAGAACCCACCAAAAUCACUAUCUUAGCUUUCGGUUUCCUUAGCUGGCUUCUUCAGAUCUUCAAUUCCGAUUCUUCCUGAUCGUUCUACACUGCCGACUAUUUUGGAACCCAUUCCGAUUUGGUGCCGUGAAGACCGAUUUCCGGGUUUCUGGGAACCGGUGGAAAGUGGGGCGGAUUGGAGAUGAGGCGGAGGCCGGUGGAUUUCCGACGGCCCGUCAGGAGGAGGUUAUCGAAUGUGGUGUGGUGGACGCUCUGUGGAAUAGUUGUGCUCUUGUUUAUAGUGAUUUUCAGCAAAGAGAGCCAAAUUGAAUCUAAGCAUUCGAUCAGUAAGCAGAACUCUUUUAGACAUGAGAAAGUUAUGGAAGGGCUGAACGUCACGGAUGAAAUGUUGAGUCCCGAUUCCGUCACCAGGCAGCUCAGUGACCAAAUAUCGCUUGCCAAAGCCUUUGUGGUGAUUGCAAAAGAGAGCAACAAUCUCCAGUUUGCUUGGGAGCUAAGUGCUCAAAUACGGAACUCCCAAGUCCUUCUCUCUACCGCUGCAACAAGGCGAGUCCCCUUAACCACUAGAGAAUCCGACACUGCGAUUCGUGACAUGGCACUUCUACUCUUCCAAGGUCAGCAAUUCCACUACGAUAGUGCAACUAUGAUCAUGAAACUGAAAGCCAAGAUUCAAGCUUUGGAAGAACAAAUGAGUUCUGUUACCGAGAAGAGUUCCAAAUAUGGACAGAUAGCCGCUGAAGAAGUUCCAAAAGGUCUUUACUGCAUUGGUAUACGGUUGACUACCGAAUGGUUCAGAAACUUGAGCUUACAGCAGAAGAUCAACGAGAGAAUGCAAAUGGAAGCAAAACUCAGAGACAACAGUCUCAAUCAUUUCUGUGUCUUCUCGGACAACAUUGUUGCCACUUCAGUAGUAAUCAAUUCAACAUCCAUUAAUUCAAAGAACCCAGCUCAACUUGUCUUCCAUAUAGUAACUGAUGAAAUCAACUAUGCUGCAAUGAGGGCCUGGUUUGGCACGACCCAGUUUAAAGGAGUGACUGUCGAGGUUCAGAAGUUUGAAGAUUUCAAGUGGCUGAAUGCUUCAUACGUUCCGGUUCUGAAGCAGCUUCAGGAUGCUGAGACACAAAGCUAUUACUUCUCGGGUCAUCAUGAUGAUGACAGAACUCCAAUCAAGUUCAGGAAUCCAAAGUACCUAUCAAUGCUGAAUCAUCUCAGGUUUUAUAUUCCUGAAGUGUUUCCUGCAUUGAAUAAGGUAGUAUUUCUCGACGACGAUGUGGUUGUUCAGAAAGAUCUAUCUGGCCUAUUUUCGAUUGAUUUGAAUGGCAAUGUGAAUGGGGCGGUGGAGACAUGCAUGGAGACAUUUCACAGGUACCAUAAGUAUUUGAACUACUCCCACCCGCUCAUAAGAGAGCAUUUUGACCCAGAUGCUUGUGGGUGGGCAUUUGGGAUGAAUGUGUUUGAUUUGGUGGAGUGGAGGAAAAGGAAUGUCACUUCCAUAUACCACUACUGGCAGGAGAAGAAUGUUGACCGGACGCUUUGGAAGCUUGGGACGCUUCCACCGGGGCUUCUGACCUUCUAUGGCUUGACUGAGCCUUUAGAUCCCACGUGGCAUGUGUUGGGAUUGGGGUACACGAAUGUUGACCCUCAUUUGAUCCAGAAAGGAGCUGUGUUGCACUUCAAUGGGAAUUCCAAGCCAUGGCUGAAGAUUGGGAUGGAGAAGUAUAAGCCUUUGUGGGAGAAGUUUGUAGACUACUCUCAUCCUUUGUUGCAGCAGUGCAACUUCCAUUGAUUCUUUAAUGGGGGUGAGGCUUUGAGCAAGUUGCAGGAAUUUUUGUAUCAUGAAGCAUUACAAUUAGCACGAUUAUUUUGGUUUUGUUUCGGUAUCUGAGGGAGUGGAAGAGAUGGGGUGGAUGGCUUGGCUGGCUAACUUGACAGGUGAUGGUUGUAAAAGUGGCUCUGUUGUAGUGUAGAAUUUAGAAGAAGGUUUAUUCACGUCAGAUACAUUACAGAAGUUUAUCUAUAUAUCUCCAGUAGAAUUAAUGUUUAUUAUUCUCCAGCACUUGUGUUUUCUUGAGUCUCUAGUUCAUUAAGUAGGUUGCUGAGCUGAGAGCUCUUCAAAAUACUCCUGAAGCAGAACAAGAGAUUAGCACAGAGUUCUCGAAACCAAAAUCCCAAGACCCAUUAAGCCAAGCGAGUGAACAAGGAGAGAGGGAAGGAGGUGAAGAGUGAUUGAUUGUUUGCCUGGAUUGCUGAGAUGGAGGACGGAGAAGAGCUGAAACUUGAUCACCACACUUUGCAUCGGUUGGACAGAUUACAGUAUCCAUAUUGAAGAGGGAAUUUCAAUGUCUUCUUCUGGAUAGUUUAGAGAGCUUCGUCGAACACCAAUUGAGCAGCCAAGCAGAGAGAGAGCUUGGGGAGUAUAAAAGUAUAAACCUCUCGUUAGUUUCGUUUUGGUACGUUUACAUUUCAG